AUGCUGGCGACAGCAUUCGGCCAACUGCAUUGCAAAGGCCUCCCCUUGCCGCCUUCGGACCUGCCGGCGCCACAGGGCAAGGAGAAUUCGGAGGCUGACGCGGGUCACAACGUACAGAAUAUCGGCGGUACCGUACCGAUCAAGCCCAGUUUGGGUGGCGCGCCGUGGCAAGAGGGGCAUGCGGAUCCACAUGCUUGGUCGUGGGUGGCAGAAGACCUUCCAUCCCACACUAUCGACAGUGAGGACGAUGAUGAAAGAUCUCGGGCAGCGGUUCAAGAUGAUUUCGAACAGCGUUUGCAAGCCAACACUGGGGACAUGGUGGGAUUGUGGUGCGACUAUGUGCAAUGGGUGGAGCAAACCUACCCCAAAACGGAGCAUGAAGUCAACGUGCUCGCACGUGCCUGCUAUUCUCUGACCGGCGAUCCCGCACUGAAGGACGAUAUUCGCUACUUGCGCUUGUGGGUGAGGCAUGCGGCACUGCUGCCCAGUCCGGACAAGGUCUUCGAGUUUCUCCAGAGUGAAGGAAUUGGGACUUGCCAUGCCCUAUUCUAUGAAGCAGCUGCCGCAAACUUGGAGCGGCAGCACAAGUUCCAGCAAGUUGAAGCCAUGUAUCAACUUGGCAUGGAUCUUGGCGCACAGCCUCAGCACAGACUUCACUGUCGCUUUCGAGAGUUUCAGCGGCGGAUGACAAAGCGCGCUGCUCGAGAAGACCGGCAAAAGCUGCGGGAACAUGCUGACGGGCAGGUGGCUACCUUGUUGCCGACGCCCGUCGCUGCCAAACAUGCGAGUGUGCGGCAAAGCGGAAGCAACGGGACAAAUGAUCUGCCUACCGUCUUUUCGCAAAAUUCUUCGGAGAUGGAGGCGUCGUGUCGGACGCCAGGCCAUGCUGUUCCGAGGUGGAGCUCGUCCACGUUGCAGGAGGAGGAGGAAGAGCUGCCGCUUCACGACCAAGCUUUCAUCUCGUUUCUGCCUCAGGAAGAUGACCUGGACGAUGUAUCUGUCGAAGAGAUGCAGGCUGCACGGAUCUUGGCACGUCAUGCCUCUGGCCUUGCUCCGAAAGCGCCGGAGAACGAGUCGGCUGGACUUCCUUCGAACAUGACCCAAGAGUUGUCCAGUGGCCUGAGGGCCCUGCUUUCAGAAUCUCGCUACUCGCACGGACGCUCUUCCGGUGGCUCUGUGUUUGAUCCUUUCGACGACCCAACAUACACAGCAGAGCUGGCGCAGAAGGAAGUGCUCGAACUUCUGGCUUCCGACCCAAAUUAUGAACAUGCAAGGAGGAAUUCGGUGCAUUUAAAGCCUCUUGUCCGCGUGGGGCAGAGGUCUGCAAGAGGCGGUGCGAAUGUACCUGCCGGGAUGUGUGGCUUUGAGAUCUUUGACGAAGGUGGCAUAGACCUCGGCUGA